AGGACAGACAAUGCCUGACCAAAGGAAGGAUGUGGGAAAGUAAAGAUAUAGCAACCCUUAGUUUCUGAAUGUACCAGAGCAAAAUACUUUUGGAACCAGUCAAGUUUCUAGGGGAGGGGAAAGGAGGAAGUAGACAAACUAGAGUUAGAAAAGUUUUUAUCUUAUUAAAAAGAAGAGGCAAAGGGAAAACUAAAGAAUCACCAUCUUCAGAAUAAAAAACUCUGUGACUGAAGACUUAUCAAAGAAUAUAAUUCUACAAGAAUCAGAAGAACUGAACAGAAGAAUAAAAUGUACUAUUGAGGAGAAGCAUACAACAGCUAUUCAGAGCUAUUUCUGCAAGGUCAUCAUCCAGGGACCUCAAUCCGGGCUUAGAUCUUUCUAUGUGCCAUAGGAAUUCAAUCAAAAAGGAAUUCCCUUCUCCUGAGCACCAUCAAAGGCGCCAGUCAGUCCAGCUGUAACUUGAUCCAGACAACUGAGCAGCAGACCAAAAGAUUAUGUCAAACGCUGACACAAAAAUGGAAGAAACCAAAAGCCUCAGUCUGGAAGAGGAUUUUGAGGGGCAGGCCACACACACAGGCCCCAAAGGAGUUAUCAAUGAUUGGAGAAAGUUUAAGUUGGAAAGUGAAGAUGAUGAUUCCAUCCCACCUAACAAGAAGGAAAUUCUCAGACAAAUGUCUUCUCCUCAAUGUCGAGAUGAUAAAGACACAAAAGAAAGAUUCAGCAGAAAGAUGAGCGUGCAAGAAUAUGAACUCAUCCACCAGGACAAAGAGGACGAAGACUGUCUCCGUAAAUACCGGAAACAAUGCAUGCAAGACAUGCACCAGAAGCUGAGCUUUGGACCCAGGUAUGGGUUUGUAACAGAGCUGGAGAGUGGGGAGCAGUUCUUGGAAGCCAUUGAGAAGGAACAGAAGAUCACCACAGUCAUCGUUCACAUCUAUGAAGACGGUAUCAAGGGCUGCGAGGCCCUGAACAAUAGCUUAAGCUGCCUUGCCGCAGAAUACUCGAUGGUAAAAUUUUGUAAAAUCAAAGCUUCUAACACAGGUGCUGGGGACCGCUUCUCCUCAGAUGUGCUUCCAACAUUGCUGGUCUACAAAGGUGGGGAGCUUAUCAGCAAUUUCAUUAGUGUCACUGAGCAGUUUGCUGAAGAUUUUUUUGCUGUCGAUGUUGAGUGUUUUCUUAAUGAGUAUGGGUUACUUCCUGAAAGGGAGAUCCAUUCACUGGAGCAGGCCAGCAUGGAAGAUGAAGAUGUUGAGUAAUUUGAGGUAUCAUAUUUCAAUAUCUCAAAUUUCUCCUUUUUGUAUUACAAAAAGAUCUGUUUUCCUUUCUUUUUUAGAAAAAUCUGUACAUGGUAAUUGCCACUCUAACAUGUAAAGACCUGACACAAUAAGUAGAUACCUGGCUUAUGUGGAUUUCUUAGCUUGAACAUGUCAGCUUUCUUUUCAAGUCAAUAAUAUUACCCCUUUACUCUGUGUGUUGGGAUGUAGCCUUCAACAAUGUUAUAGACAGAUUAAGAGAGAACUGAUGAUUUUUUUGACAUUUUGGACAGAAUCAAUUUUCUUUUUCUGAAUUAAAAAAAAAAGUCUCUGGCCUUUUUCCCUUUGGUUCUGUCUUCAGGAUUACUGUUUGAGAACUAACUAUGUGAUACUAAUAAAGCUGCAAGAGUAAAUUUUUUUUUA